GCACAUUGCAAUAUCUGUAGCAAAGUUUGAUUUCUCUGUAAUGGAGGUGACGGAGGUGAAUACUUUCGGUGAUCAUGUUCUAUUUUUAAGUAAUACUACCUCAUUUGGUUGCUCAGCAGCUGAGUUGGGACUCUCUAAGGGUUGUUUGUAUUACGCACUCGAUGAGGAUCAAAGCUUGCACAAAUUUGAAGUAGAAAGUAAUGGAAACAGUAUUAUUUUGCCAUGUCUGAAUAUACCAACUCCAUGGUAUACGUCUAGCUGGAUCAUGGUACAUGAUAAUAAACACCAUAGGAAGGAAAAUAUGUUUGGUAAAGACGAAGAACUGAAGGCAAUACUGGAUAACAAAACAAGUAGAACUGGCAAUGAUAAGAAUAAGGGUGAGAGGGAAGAAUCACACAAUAGAGGACAACAUCAAGAAGCAGCAAUCCCUUGGGAUAUCCUGAACAGGGACAUGGUGGGGUUGAUUGCAAAAAACUAUCUUCACCGGUUGGAUUAUAUACAUUUUCGUCUUGUCUCGAAAGUGAAUCUAGCAGUGAUGCCUAUGGUAAAGCAGACAUCCCCUUGUACUACUAGAUGCACAGAUUUAUCUCCGUGGUUUGUUUUCUCUCGGGAUAAAUGCCACAACGUCUUCAAUUUUGUAAACCCGACGCAUAAUGACGAGAACUACCUCAUGCACCUCUCUGAUCUAGUAGGUGCCACUAUCCGGUUUCAGAAGGGUGGUUGGCUACUGAUGUCGAAGGGGUUAACCAGUAUAUUCUUUUACAAUCCCUUCACAAAAGAAAGCAUCAAUCUUCCAGAAUUGCCAGUUGAUAUGUAUAGCUUUUCCGGCAUCACAUUUUCCUGCUCACCAACUUCGUCAGACUGUAUAGUUUUUGCUGUUCAACAAAUUCCUGCUAGUGAUGGAAUGUCCCAAGAAAUCAGCAUUUGCUUCAUCAAAAGAGGAGCAGUGUCAUGGAGUGUCUGCAACUCCCAGAAUACGAAUGUGGAAAAGUUCAUGCCUUCGCAUAACACCCCAGUUUUCUAUAAUGGGGCUUUCUAUUGUGUAGAUUAUAACGGAAUGUUGGGAGUUUUUAAUUUAGAGGAUCAUAGUUGGAAAGUUCUGGAGAAGCCCCUUGAACAAUUUAGUGGUAUAUAUCCAAGUUUCUUGGUGGAGUGCGCAGGACAGAUUUUAUUAGUAAAUUUUGGACACCUGGGCGCAACUAUUAGAGUAUUUAGAUUGGAUUUCUCUAAAAUGGUUUGGGAUGAAGUUCGGAAUCUGGGAAAGCAUAUGUUGUUCAUCAGCUACACCUCUUGUUUCUCAGCAAUUGCUCCGCAUAAGCGCAUGGAGAACAAAAUCUAUUUCCCUAGACUAUGUUUGAACGGCGAAGGGGUUUUAUUCUAUUCACUCGAAACAGGUAAUUAUCACUCUUUUGGGACUCGCCAUUCUGCUAACAAUUUUUAUGAAACAGAGGGUUGGUAUACAAACUGUACCUGGAUUGAACCAAAUUGGUCAAAAGCUCAAGAGCUGGACUGGCUUAAGCCCCUGUUAUAAAAUGAAAGCUGUCUAGACAUGGUGUAACAUUAGUACUAGUUUCCUACUGUCUGGAGUGGACAUGUUGUCUGUAACAUUAGUCUUAAUUAUCUGGACAUGGUGUAACAUUGUAACAUUAGUUUUUGUUUUCUUCUUCUAAUUUCUCUAUUAUUUGUGG